CACUUUUCUGUGAGAUCGUACAGGCUCUUCUUGCGAGUCACUCCUUUCUAUCCGUUCUUUCUGAACAAACGAUCUUGCUCUAAUGGUUCUCUCUGUCGUUCUUCUGGUAAGCAUCUGGAGUUCUUCGAUCUUUGUCCAUGCUACGACCCCUUUCACCGUGCCAUGGACGGGCAAGACGUACGGUCCAGAUGGUCCCUGGCAAGCUGUCCAGGUCAAAGUUGGCAGCGACCGGCAGGAAAUUGCUCUCUACCCUGGAGGAGCCUGGCAGAGCUACAUCCUCCUCUCCUCGAUCUGCUCCAAUACUUCAUUAUCAUCCUACUGCUAUGCUAACCGGGCGGGUGUUUUCAACAAACUGACCUCCACCACAUAUGACGACACGGCUAUCCGGCUGACCAUCAAUGAUGGAACAUGGGGACCGCUGCACUUUGGCGCUGCCACCGAUAACCCCAUCUACGGCACCGCCAAGUGGGCGCUCGAUUCAAUUGAUAGCUCGGGCGUCGUGGCCCCAAACGUCAGUCUGAAUGUGGUGGACCAGGGAUACCAGAUAUACCCGGAUGGGACUAACUACCCUCUGGAGCUGGGAGUCCUGUCUCUGGGGGCUCCCAGCCUACAACAGCAGUUCGCAAACCGGGGACAGCCUACCAUAAAUGGUACCUUCUUCGACAGCUACCUUUAUACCUCUGGGACCGGCCAGGCCAUCCCCUCCUACUCGUACGGGAUGCAUAUCGGCACGCCCACAUACAAUCUCGCGGGAUCCCUGCUGCUCGGCGGAUACGAUCAAUCUCGUGUGCUGGGGGAAGUCUCGUCGCAGCCAUAUUCCGAUGAUGGAGGGUUCCCAAUCAAGCUUCGCGACAUCAGUCUCGGGGUGAUCCGCGGGGGUUCACCAUGGUUGUCCUCCUCGUCCUCAACGCGCAGCAGCAGCAGCAGCAGCAGCAGCAGCAGCAGCAGCAGCAGCAACAACAACAACAACAACCCAACAGGGCUUCUCGCCGCCGGCAACUCCUCUAUCACCGCCAACGGAAUAACCGUAUACUCCAGCCCCGGGGACCCCUACAUCUACCUCCCUCAAAGCACCUGCGACGCCAUCGCCGCCCACCUCCCCGUCACCUAUCAGAGCACCCACGGCCUCUACAUCUGGAACACCUCCAGCCCCGCCUACUCCCAAAUCACCACUUCCCCUAGCUACCUAGCCUUCACCUUCGCUAAGGAUAACUCUAACCGCGCCAACAUCACCAUCAAGAUCCCCUUCGCCGUGCUUAACCUCACCCUGACCCCACCCUUGGUCACCCAGCCAACCCCCUACUUCCCCUGCCGGGGCACUACCGCCGCCGGGGCCGUCUACGCCCUCGGCCGCGCCUUUCUGCAGGCUGCCUUCGUCGGCGUCAACUGGGGCGAUAGUGGCAGUGGCACGGGCAACUGGUUCCUGGCGCAGGCGCCCGGUCCAAAUCUGCAGACUCCGUCGACUACUGUCAUCCAGCCCGAGGAUACUACUGUCGUUGGGUCGGACAACAGUUGGGAGGAUAGUUGGUCGGGGGUUUGGACGGCGCUCCCGGUUGCUUCUGCUGCCGCUUCCACGCUGACGACAAAUACCACUACUACUGGAACUUCAUCCUGUGAGAACUGUACUCCUGCGGCACUGUCCACCGGGGCCAGAGUCGGGAUUGGCGUCGCCUGCGGCGUGGUUAGUGUGGGCGCGACCGCCCUGAUUACGUUGUGGUGCUCCACUCGUCGUCAUCGUCGUCAGGCUUCUUUUCCUGACGUGGGUAGUGCUGUUGGCGGCAAGGAUUGGCCUGAUUCGAUGCAGGGUCAGAGCAGGGCGGGUUAUGAGGCUACUUGUACUACUACUAGUGGUGGUGGAAGGCCAGCCGGUCGGUCGCUGGCUUACCCCCCUGUCGAGCUUGGUGCAUAUCGCAACGAGGGUCCGCAUGAGAUGGGAUAGAGGUUGGAGUCCUGUUUAGAUUAAGAGUCUCUAGGCAACUUUUCAUGUAGAUAUGAAUCUUAU